CCAAAAAGUCACCAUCAAUUUUUCCGUUCAUGCCAACUCCCAACCCCCCCUCAAAUAAGCAGCCGGCUUCAUUCUCUGUAUAUUCAUUGGUCAACUACGAUACAACUCCUCCUGCUACCAAAAUAUAAAGGAUCUCCCGAUCUCUUCAUCUAGGUCAACUUCUGUCACUGUAACUCAAAUCUCCUGAUUUCUCCAUUGCUGUUAGUCGUAUAGUUCGUUCUGAAACCGUUUCGAUUAACUCCUGCCGCCCGCCUACUAUGAACGGCAAAAAUAUCAGCACAAAGAGUUACCUCCGGCAUGUCGAAUCAAUGCGGAUCUUGCCGUCUGGUGCGGGUAGGAUACCGGAGUUGAAAGCGGUUAUACUCGGUGAGUCUCUUGCGUCUGAGGAGAACGAUCUCGUCUUUCCGAGUGAUGACUUCUGCAAUCAGGCACUUGUUUCGUCUCCGGAAAAGUACUUGGAGAUGUACAAGAGAUCAAUAGAAGAUCCUGCUGGCUUUUGGUCUGAUAUUGCAUCUGAAUUCUAUUGGGAAAAGAAAUGGGGUCAACAGGUUUACUCUGAAAACCUCGAUGUCACAAAAGGGACUAUCAACAUUGAGUGGUUCAAGGGAGGUAUCACCAACAUCUGCUAUAAUUGUUUGGAUGCAAAUAUAAAAUCUGGGAGUGGAGACAAAAUUGCACUUUAUUGGGAAGGAAACGAGCCUGAUGUUGAUGGCUCGUUGACUUACAAACAACUUCUUGAGAGAGUUUGCCAGCUUGCAAAUUUCUUGAAAGACAAGGGUGUUAAAAAGGGUGAUACCGUAAUUAUUUACUUACCCAUGAUCAUGGAAUUGCCAAUCACAAUGCUGGCAUGUGCUCGCAUUGGUGCCAUUCACUCGGUUGUUUUUGCUGGAUACUCUGCAGAAUCGCUUCACCAAAGAGUUGUGGACUGCAAACCAAAGAUUGUGAUAACUUGUAAUGCAGUUAUGAGAGGGAAAAAAAUAAUAGAUCUCAAAAACAUUGUUGAUGCUGCACUUCUAGAAUCGUCUCAAAAUGGAAUAUCUGUAGAUUUAUGCCUGACUUUUGAAAACGAAUCGGCUAUGAAGAAGGAAGAUACUAAAUGGCAAAAGGGAAGAGAUAUAUGGUGGCAGGAUGUUGUUCCUACAUACCCUACUACAUGUGAUGUGGAGUGGGUUGAUGCGGAGGAUCCGCUUUUUCUACUUUAUACCAGUGGAAGCACUGGAAAGCCUAAGGGUGUUCUGCAUACUACCGGAGGAUACAUGAUAUACACUGCAACAACAUUCAAAUAUGCGUUUGACUACAAAGAUUCUGAUAUAUACUGGUGUACAGCUGACUGUGGUUGGAUUACCGGACACAGUUAUGUUACUUAUGGACCUCUACUUAAUGGAGCAACAGUUGUCCUUUAUGAAGGGGUUCCUAAUUAUCCAGAUUCAGGACGCUGCUGGGAAAUCGUUGAUAAAUACAAGGUUACAAUAUUCUAUACUGCUCCUACUCUGGUGCGGUCUCUUAUGCGUGAUGGAAAUGAGUAUGUUACUCGUUAUUCUCGUAAAUCUUUACGGGUCCUUGGUAGCGUAGGCGAGCCGAUCAACCCAAGUGCAUGGAGGUGGUUUUACAAUGUAGUCGGAGAUUCAAGGUGUCCCAUAUCAGAUACCUGGUGGCAAACGGAGACCGGGGGUUUCAUGAUUACUCCCUUACCUGGCGCGUGGCCACAAAAACCUGGUUCUGCUACUUUCCCAUUUUUCGGGGUUCAGCCUGUGAUAGUAGACGAAAAGGGUAAUGAAAUUGAUGGGGAGUGCAGUGGCUAUUUAUGUGUUAAAAGCUCGUGGCCUGGGGCGUUUAGGACUCUUUAUGGUGAUCAUGAAAGAUAUGAAACAACUUACUUUAAGGCGUUCCCGGGCUAUUAUUUUAGUGGUGAUGGCUGCAGUAGGGACAAGGAUGGAUAUCAUUGGCUCACAGGGAGAGUUGAUGAUGUAAUUAACGUCAGUGGACACCGUAUCGGUACUGCAGAAGUUGAAUCAGCUCUAGUUUCACAUCCCCAGUGUGCUGAAGCAGCCGUUGUUGGUGUUGAGCAUGAGGUCAAAGGGCAGGGAAUAUAUGCAUUUGUUACUCUAGUGGAGGGUGUUCCAUACAGUGAAGACCUUCGCAAAAGCCUUGUGCUUGUGGUUCGGAACCAAAUUGGAGCAUUUGCAGCACCUGACAGAAUUCAUUGGGCACCCAGUCUUCCGAAGACAAGAAGUGGAAAGAUAAUGAGGAGAAUUUUGAGGAAAAUAGCCUCUAGACAGCUAGAUGAGCUUGGCGAUAUAAGCACAUUAGCAGAUCCAAGUGUCGUCGAUCAGCUUAUCAGUCUUGCUGAUUCCUAAAUCUCGGGCUUUAUUUUUGUGAUUUUAAUAUAAACCGAAAUGUUUUAGUCAUAUGUUUUUGCCCAUAUGUUAUAAAACAUUAUCAGGAAAUGUGUGUCAAUAAAUGGUGAGUGGAUUGUAUAAUUUUCUAUGAACUAGUUGUUAAUUGAAUGGUUCAUAAUAGAAACUUUCUAUCACAACUAA